AGUUUAAGGACGACAUAAAGCGCCCACUUUUCUCAUUUCUCAUUGAAAGUGAAGGGAAAUAUAAGAAAUUCGUAUGAGAUUUAAGAAAGAAAGUUACAACGAAGAACGGCCUCGGUGGGUAUCGUACAUUUACGAGUGGAACUCUCUUCACUGACGAUCGUCGCAAACGGAGCAAAGACAGGAGUGACGAGCGAGAGAACGUGCGAAAGAUAGAGAGAGAAAGAGACGAUAGAGUGUAUGAAAGCUAGAUAAUUUACAAUAAACAAUGGCAACAUUAGCAGAACAAGCAUCUAAGCUUUUGGAUUUUAAUCAAAAGCUAGAUAUAACGCUUCUUGAUAACAUAGUAGGUUGUAUGUACACUGGGAUAGGUGAGCAACAAAGAGUUGCACAGGAAGUAUUAACCACACUUAAAGAACAUCCAAAUGCAUGGACACGUGUAGAUACUAUUCUAGAAUAUUCACAGAACCAACAAACAAAGUAUUAUGCUUUACAAAUAUUGGAACAAGUUAUAAAGACACGAUGGAAAGUAUUACCACGAAAUCAGUGUGAAGGUAUAAAAAAAUAUAUUGUAGGCCUUAUCAUAAAAACAAGCAGUGAUCCAGAAACAAUGGAGGCAUCUAAAGUUUAUCUUAAUAAACUUAAUAUGAUUUUAGUUCAGGUUUUAAAACGAGAAUGGCCAAAAAACUGGGAAUCUUUCAUUGGUGACAUUGUUGGAGCAAGUAAAACAAAUGAAAGUCUCUGUCAAAACAAUAUGGCAAUUUUGAAAUUACUAUCGGAAGAAGUAUUUGACUUUUCUAGUGGACAAAUGACACAAACAAAAGCAAAACACUUAAAAGAUACCAUGUGUAGUGAAUUCUCGGAAAUUUUUCAUCUUUGUCAAUUUGUAUUGGAUAAUUCGCAAAACGUUCAACUGGUAGCAGUUACAUUAGAAACUCUCUUAAGGUUUUUAAAUUGGAUUCCUCUUGGAUAUAUUUUUGAAACAAAAUUAAUAAGUACUUUAGUAUUCAAGUUCUUAAAUGUACCAAUAUUCAGAAAUAUUACAUUAAAAUGCUUGACUGAAAUUGCUGGUGUUACAGUAGCAACUUAUGAUGAAGUAUUUGUAAUGUUAUUUGUUAAUGUAAUGCGCGAGUUGGAACAAAUUCUACCACUUGAUACAAACAUACGUGAGGCAUAUGCAGCUGGCCAAGACCAGGAACAAAAUUUCAUUCAAAAUCUAGCUAUAUUUCUUUGCACAUAUUUGAAAGAACAUGGACAAUUUAUUGAAAAAAAACAGUUAAAUGAAUUAUUGCUCAAAGCAUUACACUAUCUUGUCUUGAUUUCUGAAGUUGAAGAAGUUGAAAUAUUUAAGAUCUGCUUGGAGUAUUGGAAUGCAUUGGCAAUGGAUUUAUAUAGAUCUCAUCCCUUUAUGGUUCCAUCAGCAUUAUUUAUGGUUAAAAACAGGACACUUCCAACUAGAAGAUUGUUCUAUUGUCCAGUUCUAACUAAAGUACGAUACAUUAUGAUCAGCAGAAUGGCUAAACCAGAAGAAGUUCUUGUUGUAGAAAAUGAAAAUGGAGAAGUUGUUAGAGAAUUUAUGAAAGACACUGAUUCUAUUAAUUUAUAUAAAAAUAUGAGAGAGACUCUUGUGUAUCUUACUCAUCUUGACUAUAUUGAUACUGAAAGAAUAAUGACAUGUUACAUUAAUAAUUAUUAUUCUUCUUAGUUAUGCUGGGCAAUAGGUAGUAUUUCUGGUGCAAUGCAUGAAGAAGACGAAAAGCGAUUUUUAGUAACUGUAAUUAAAGAUCUUCUUGGUCUUUGUGAACAAAAAAAGGGCAAAGAUAAUAAAGCUAUUAUUGCUAGCAAUAUUAUGUAUGUAGUUGGGCAAUAUCCAAGAUUUCUCAAAGCACAUUGGAAGUUUUUAAAGACUGUUGUAAAUAAACUCUUUGAAUUUAUGCAUGAAACCCACGAUGGUGUGCAAGAUAUGGUACAUACCUUUUAUGAAGCAGUUGGAUACAUGAUAAGUGCACAGACAGAUACAGUAGUGCAAGAAGAUUUAAUAGAAAGAUAUAUGCUACUACCAAAUCAAGUAUGGGAUGAUAUAAUAAGCCAAGCAUCUAAAAAUGUAGAUGUAUUAAAAGAUCAAGAAGCUGUAAAACAACUUGCUAGUAUUUUAAAAACAAAUGUAAGAGCUUGCAAAGCUCUAGGGCAUCCAUACGUGAUACAAUUAGGAAGAAUAUAUUUAGAUAUGUUGAACGUUUAUAAGGUUAUGAGUGAAAAUAUAAGUGCUGCAAUAGCUUUGAAUGGUGAAAUAGUAAUGGAACAAUCUUUAAUUAAAAGUAUGAGAGUAGUGAAAAAGGAAACAUUAAAAUUGAUCUCAGAUUGGGUUAGUAGAACAACUGAUCGUCAAAUGGUUUUAGAAAGCUUUAUACCACCGUUAUUGGAUGCUGUGUUAUUGGAUUAUCAAAAAACAAAUGUUCACUGUGCUCGAGAACCGGAGGUGCUGAGUGCUAUAGCCACUAUCGUAAAUAAAUUAGAAAGUCUCAUUACCUGUGAAAUACCGAAAAUAUUUGAUGCUGUGUUUGAAUGUACUCUAGAAAUGAUCAAUAAAGAUUUUGAAGAAUUUCCAGAACAUAGAACAAAUUUCUUUUUACUUUUACAGGCAGUGAAUAUUUAUUGUUUUCCUGCAUUUCUUAUAAUUCCACCAGCACAAUUUAAACUUGUACUUGAUUCUAUAAUUUGGGCUUUUAAACAUACGAUGAGAAACGUUGCAGAUACAGGGCUACAUAUAUUGUAUCAACUUUUACAAAAUGUCGAAAAUGAGCCAGCUGCUCAGAAUUUCUAUCAAACAUAUUUCACAGAUAUUCUUCAACACAUAUUCAGUGUAGUAACAGAUUCAUCACACAUAGCAGGCCUUAGUAUGCACGCUACAAUUCUGGCAUACAUGUUUUCAUUGGUUGAACUUGGGAGAAUUAAAGUUCCAUUAGGACCUGUACCAGAUAACACGUUGUAUGUUCAAGAAUUUGUUGCAAGGUUGCUUAAAGCAGCAUUCCCACAUUUGACUGAUAAUCAACUUAAAAUAACUGUACAAGGUUUACUUAAUUUUAAUCAAGAUAUCCCUGCAUUCAAAGAACAUCUUAGAGAUUUUCUUGUUGAAAUUAGAGAAUAUACUGGAGAAGAUGAUUCAGAUCUAUACCUAGAAGAACGAGAAACUGCAUUACAGGUGGCACAAGAAGAAAAAAGGCUACAACAAAUGGCAGUUCCAGGAAUACUUAAUCCUCACGAAAUACCAGAAGAGAUGCAGGACUGAAUUACCAGUCAUCUUCGUUACCUGCUUUCUGUACAUCUGAAUAAGAAACAUUCUGUUACAGAGACUAUUGCAUCCUUUGAUCUGCGACUUUUCCCACAUGUACCACAACUACCAUCAAGAUGGAUAUACAUUAUAUACUUUUUAAAGCCAAGUUUACAAUAUAGCAUUCUUGUUAAGGAGGUAAGC